CAGAAGUUUUUCUGGUUUUUUGUUUUUUUUUUUUUUUUUUUCUUUCUCUUUGGCUUUUCUGUUUUGGACGGCGUCCAGCUUGGCCUGGCACUGAAACCUCCGGCUGAUUUUUGUGUGCGUGCAGAGGGGGAAGGAUGAAGGGAGAGGGACUGCGCAAAAGAGGAGGGAGGGAAAAUACUGUGCAAUUUCAUCGCCUUUCCCCCAGCGUGCUGCUGUCCCGUGAAAGCCUGGAACCAGCCAGCGGCGUGGGACUGCGCACCAAAAAGGACCUCAGCAUCCAGGAAGGGUGCGUGGGUGCCGGUGCGGGUGCCCACCCAUGAGCGUGGGUGCUCGCCGCGGCGCUGGAGAGGGCCGGCAGCCCGGUUUCCCCGCGGGUUUUGCAGGGACAGCUGGAGCUGCCGGCGGGGUCAGGAUGUGACAUCACCGGCUGGAGAAAAACCCUCGGCCCCGGGUUUCGCUAACGAAACCCCAGCGAGCGCCGGAGCGCAGCAGCUCUCCCUGCUGCUGUGAUCCCCAGCCCGCCGACAGUCCUGACAGGGAGCCUCGUUUGGACUACUUAAUUUUUCCUCCGUUUUUCCUUAGUAAGAGCACAAAGUGCUGCAGAGGGAUUUGGGACUGGAAGCUGGCUGUGCCGGGGGAUGAGCUCGCAGGCCUGGAGCUCCCGGUGUUUGGGAUUACGGCUCUGACGGCAGAGUAAUCGCCCUCGGGACCGAACCAGAGCAGUUGGACACAGCAGAGGUCACUGGACGCCUCUCUGCAGGGUUCCCAGCAAGUCACCGGUGGCAGCAGCGACAUCCCAGCCCCCAGGAAUGAGAGACCUCCACCCCUGAAGACCCCAGCCUUGGGUUUCACGUUGCGCCGAGCCUCUGCGCUCACCCUGGCCAGCUCUGCCCGCCAUGGCGUUGUGUCUCAAGCAAGUCUUCAACAAAGACAAAACGUUCCGUCCCCGAAAGAAGUUUGAGCCGGGCACCCAGCGCUUUGAGCUGUACAAGAAAGCCCAGGCCUCCCUCAAGUCUGGGCUGGACCUGAAAGCAGUGGUGCAGCUGCCUCCCGGCGAGAGCAUCAAUGACUGGAUCGCCGUGCACGUGGUGGACUUCUUCAACCGCAUCAACCUCAUCUACGGCACCAUGUCAGAGUACUGCACGGAAAAGACCUGCCCCAUCAUGUCUGGUGGACUCAAGUAUGAGUACAGGUGGCAGGAUGAUAGCAAAUACAAGAAGCCAACAAAGCUGUCGGCUCCGCAGUACAUGUGUAUGCUGAUGGACUGGAUCGAGAUGCUCAUUAACAACGAGGACAUCUUCCCCACCAGGAUAGGUGUUCCCUUCCCCAAGCAGUUCCAGCAAGUUUGCACUAAGAUCCUCACCCGCCUCUUCCGUGUCUUUGUCCAUGUCUACAUCCACCACUUUGACAGCAUCAUCAACAUGGGUGCUGAGGCUCACGUCAACACCUGCUACAAGCACUUUUACUACUUCAUCAGGGAGUUCAGCCUCAUUGACCAUCGGGAGCUGGAGCCUUUGAAAGAAAUGACAGAACGAAUUUGUCACUGAAGCAUUUUGGCAGGCGAACUCAGCCGGCUCAUUCAGAGUCCGAUGGGACAAGACACCCUGUGGUGGGAAACCUCUUCCCAAGGACUUGCUCUGGGCAU